CCAAUCAAAGCGAGAGCAGAUAGUAGGAAAAUCACCCUCUUUUUAUUGGGGUCCACGGGGAACAGACCCAAGAUGUUAAGGACCCUGGUGUUGGGCAGGAGCCUUCGGAAGUCCUCUGGUUUCUCCGUCUUGGUCAAGCAGAUGUGGGGGGCUCUCCGCAGUCAUCUGCGAAGGCCGGAGCGAUGGUGCUCGCAGGGUCCCUGUGCACAAAGAAAUCGGAAUGACACUUUGCACCCCCUCUGGAAGGGCCCGGCCUCCGCGCGGCGGGGCACCCAACAGUCGCCCAUCAACAUCCGCUGGAGGGACAGCGUCUACGACCCGCAGCUGAAGCCUCUCAGGGUUUCCUACGCCGCGGCCAGCUGCCUGCACGUCUGGAACACCGGGUACUUCUUCCAGGUGGAAUUCGACGACUCGGCCGAGGGAUCAGGGAUCAGCGGUGGCCCCUUGGAAAACCUCUACAGACUAAAGCAGUUCCAUUUCCACUGGGGAGCGGCGAACGAGCGGGGCUCAGAGCACACGGUGGAUGACCACGUGUACCCGGCAGAGCUGCAUUUAGUUCACUGGAAUUCGGUGAGAUACCGAAAUUACAAAGAAGCCGUAAUGGGGGAGAACGGCGUGGCCGUGAUAGGCGUGUUUCUAAAGCUGGGGGCCCGGCACGAGGCACUGCAGAAGUUGGUGGAAGUCUUGCCGGAAAUCAAGCAUAAGGGUGCACGGGCUGCCGUGGGCCCCUUCCAGCCCUCCCGUCUCCUGCCCGCCUGUCGGGACUACUGGACCUACCCGGGCUCCCUCACCACGCCUCCGCUCAGCGAGUCGGUCACCUGGAUCAUCCAGAAGCAGCCUGUCGAAGUGGCUCAGAGCCAGCUGGCUGCCUUUCGCACGCUCCUGUCUUCUGCGCUCGGGGAAGAAGAGCAUUCGAUGGUGGACAACUACCGUCCGCUUCAACCCCUGAUGAACCGGAAGGUCCGUUCAUCCUUCCGGGCUGCGGAAGGGGGCAUCUGA